AUGAAAAACCAUCAUUCAUACCCAACUCGCUCAAAACCAUUUCCUGAAGAAAAUGCAAAUGCAUCAUUCCCUGAAGCGAAUACAAGCAAUCAUGGUCGUGGUCGUGGUCGUGGUUGGGGUCGUGGUCAUGAUCGUGCUCGUGGUCAUGGUUGUGGUCGUGGUCGUGGUCGUGGUCGUGGUUGUAGUCAUGCUUGUAAUCAUGCUCGUGGAUGUGGUCGUGGUCAUUAUAAUUUUCGAAAUUGA